ACUGUAUGAUUGACCGACCAAGACUUGGUAAAGUUUCUAUUCUUUUAGGUAUUGCCCUUACAAAUAACAGAGCGAGCGUCUGAAGGGAAAGUUUAGCUUCUUUCUGUAAAUAUAUCCGGUUAACCAGUGCAAUGGAGGCGUGAUGUGUCAGUCGGUGGAGCGAUAAGGCCAGAGAAGCCAUGACCGAGUGCUUCCUGCCUCCCAGCAGUAGCCCUGCAGAGCAGCGUAGGGCCGAUCACCCGGGCGGGGUGGCCCGCACCCCCAGCUCCGAGGAGAUCAGCCCCAUCAAGUUCCCCGGUCUCUACCGCACCGGCGAACCAUCACCACCUCACGAUGGACAUCAUCAUGAGCCGCCUGAUCCCUAUGUCUCGGAUGAUGAUAAGGAGCACAGCAAGAAAAAAAAUAAGUUCAAGAAGAAGGAGAAGAGGACUGAGGGAUACGCCGCCUUCCAGGAGGACAGCUCGGCGGACGAAGCGGAGAGCCCGUCCAAGAUGAAGCGUUCUAAGGGAAUCCACGUGUUUAAGAAGCCUAGCUUCUCCAAGAAGAAGGAGAAGGACUUUAAGGUGAAGGAGAAGGGCCCCAAAGAGGACAAGGCCAAGGAUAAGGAUAAGAAGUCCAAGGACUUGACUGCUGCUGAUGUAGUCAAACAGUGGAAGGAGAAGAAGAAGAAGAAGAAGCCUGUCUUGGAGGCAGAGCUGGCCCCAGUGGAGACUCCCACUAUAAGACCCAUCUUUGGAGCUUCGCUGGCUGAAGCUGUGAAGAGGACCGCUCUGUACGACGGCAUCCAGCUGCCGGCCAUCUUCAGGGAAUGUCUGGACUACAUUGAGAAUUAUGGCAUGAAGUGUGAGGGCAUCUACAGGGUCUCAGGUAUGAAGUCCAAGGUUGACGAGCUGAAAGCCUCCUACGACCGGGAGGAGUGUCCCUGCCUGGAGGAGUACGACCCCCAUACGGUUGCCAGCCUGCUGAAGCAGUAUCUCCGCGAGCUGCCGGAGAACCUGCUGGGGCGAGACCUGGCCCAGCGCUUCGAGGACGCCUGCAGUCGGCAGGCGGAGGCCGAGAAGGUGCCGGAGUUUCACAAGCUGCUGGCCGAAGUACCGCCGGAGAGCCGACUGCUUCUCUCUUGGCUCGUCACACACAUGGACCACGUCAUCGCCAGAGAGGCGGACACCAAGAUGAACAUCCAGAAUAUCUCCAUCGUCCUCAACCCAACCAUACAGAUCGGGAAUCGUGUCCUCUACAUCUUCUUUACUCACGUGAAAGAGCUGUUCGGAGAGGUCAUCCUGAAGCCGGUGGUGCGGCCUCUCCGCUGGUCCAACAUGGCAACGAUGCCAGCUCUGCCCGAGACCCAGGAAAACAUCAAGGAGGAGAUUCGACGGCAGGAGUUCCUGUUGAACUGCCUGCACAGAGACCUGCAGGCAGGUGUGAAGGACCUGUCCAAGGAGGAGAGACUCUGGGAGGUUCAGAGAAUCCUGACCGCCCUCAAACGCAAGCUGAGGGAGGCUAAACGGCAGGAGUGUGAGACUAAGAUAGCACAAGAAAUAGCCAGUCUCUCAAAGGAAGAUGUGUCCAAAGAGGAAAUGACUGAAAAUGAAGAAGAAGUCAUCAACCUGCUUUUAGCACAGGAGAAUGAGAUCCUGACGGAGCAGGAGGAGCUGAUUGCUCUGGAACAGGUGUUGCGGAGACAGAUUGCCACCGAGAAGGAAGAAAUAGAGAGGCUGCGGGCAGAAAUCGCAGACAUCCAGAGUCGGCAGCAGGGUCGCAGUGAGACGGAGGAAUACUCCUCAGACAGUGAAAGUGAGAGUGAAGAUGAGGAAGAGCUGCAGAUGAUACUGGAAGACCUGCAGAAACAAAAUGAGGAACUAGAGAACAAAAACACUCAUCUGAACCAGGCCAUCCACGAGGAGCAGGAAGCCAUCCUGGAGCUCCGAGUCCAGCUCCGUCUGCUGCAGAGCCACAAGCAGCAGCAGCAGCAGCAGCAAGAGCUAAAUGUCCCGCCGCCAGCCGAGCAGGUUCCUCCCACCCAGCCGAGCCCGGAGGCCCGCGGCGAGGAACAAACCAAACGGUCCGUCACCACUGUGGCUGCCGCUACAGACGCACCUGCCCCAGCCAACGGGAAGGCACCGAAGGAUCCUUCAAAGCCUUCACCAAGCAAAGACAGGAGAGACACCAACAUGUGAAAUCUGUGACAUGUGUGGCUCUAAUCAUCUCCGUAGACGGUCAGUUCACCUGUAGUGUUGCUUACCAUCCUCAGAAAAUCCGAAGAAGGCUUAAUGAACAUCUUCUGUAUACUCUGUGGCAUCCUGACUUUUUCCCGUUCCGCCAUGCAAAACAGAAAACCUAGAAACAGAGGAGCAGCUGUCGCAGAUGACUGGCUACCUCUGUAGGGACUCCCAGGGACCAUAUUAUUCAAAUCUGCUGUGCCAAGCCUGUUUUAAAGGAGGAGGAGGAGGAGAGUGACAAUGAAGGCAUUCAUGAAGGAAGUGGGUGGAUGUGUGAAAGAUUAGAGUUUAUUUUUCACUGAUAAAUCAAGAAAUUAUCACAAAACAUAAUGUUGUAAUUCAGUUUAUCCCUCAGAUUUGACAUCACCGACCAUUGUGCCAUAACUCAAAAUGCCGGAGAACCACGAAUGCAACAGAAAGCUCUUUAGGAUUGGUCUAUCUGUAUAUUUUAAACUUUGGUAUCAUUCUAACAACAUCUUUGAUGCUCAAGAAAUGCCCUGAUUUAACUGAUAGCAUAUUGGUAAAAUAUAUAUGGAAAAAUAUUUGGAAUUGACAACUGAAUGAAAACUGGAGCAAAAAAAUCACAAUAACGUGUAGACAAGUGCACUCACCUGAUCGCUGGCUUCCAAACAAGGAAACAUGGAGAUUUUGGUUUAACGUCUAUGUAGCACAUCGGUGGAUUUGUUUUUAUGUUCAAUGCGUGAAGAAACCGCUGAAGGCUUUUGUAGGUUAUUUGUGUGCGGUUUAUUUUUAUCAUUAUUAUUAUUAUAGAUGUGUGACGUUGUUUCAUCAUUUCAGGACAGAUCCAUGACCCCUGUAAAAGGACUGUCAUCGUUUAAAUGCAGUUUAAAGUAAAAGGCGUAGCCUGACUUAUCUUUAUUGUAUAUUAAAACAGAACAAAUUUAUUUUGAGUUCUUAUGUCCUCAUAUGUUUUUAUUUCAUUGUACUUGUAAUGAUAAUUCUAGUGUGGCUGUCCCUGCUUUGGCCACGAUCUGAAUAUAACUUUAUGAGUUGAAAAACCGACCCAGAAGCUUAUCCUGGGGUGAUAUUUGCAUUGUUUGGAGCUUUUGUAGCAGACUGUUGGCAGGCAGACUAAUGCUGUGAAGAAUAAAAUGUUGAUCUGAA